CCGCCGGAUGUUUGAAGUGCAGCGCAGAGCAAUGAGAAACAGUUAGGUAGUUCUGUACGGUUAAUCCUGUGAAGUUCCACAUCCGUUUUAAUGUGUAAACUAUGAGCAAGGUGGAAGACAUCGUGUUCCCGUAUUGCCAGGAUGUCAACAAGUAUGAAAAGUUGACGAAGAUUGGCCAGGGAACCUUCGGAGAGGUCUUCAAAGCCCGAGAUAGGAAAACCAAAAGAUUGGUUGCACUCAAGAAAGUCUUGAUGGAAAAUGAAAAAGAAGGGUUUCCCAUCACAGCUUUAAGAGAGAUAAAGAUUCUCCAACUUCUGAAUCAUGAAAAUGUGAUGCAUCUGAUAGAGAUUUGCAGAAGUAAAGCCACACCAUAUAACCGAUUUAAGAGUACAUUCUAUCUUGUCUCUGAAUUCUGUGAACAUGACUUAGCAGGACUACUAAGUAACUCAAAUGUAAAAUUCACCCUGGGAGAAAUCAAGAAAGUUAUGCAGCAACUGCUCAAUGGAUUAUAUUACAUCCACAGUAACAAAGUGCUUCAUAGAGACAUGAAAGCAGCUAAUAUUCUGAUAACAAAAUCGGGAAAGUUGAAAUUAGCCGAUUUUGGACUUGCAAGAGCUUUCAGCAUGAACAGUAAAGGCCAACCAUGCAGGUAUACAAACCGAGUUGUGACCCUUUGGUAUCGCCCUCCAGAACUUCUUCUAGGUGAAAGGGAUUAUGGGCCAGCCAUUGACGUGUGGGGUGCGGGGUGUAUCAUGGCUGAAAUGUGGACGAGAAGUCCCAUAAUGCAAGGGGACACUGAGCAACGCCAACUACAGCUGAUCACACUACUGUGUGGGUCUAUCACUCCAUUUGUGUGGGCCGGAGUGGACAAGUAUGAAUUAUACCACAAGCUAGACCUUCCCAAAGAUCAGAAAAGAAAAGUCAAAGAUCGUCUUAAAGUCUACAUCAAAGACCAGCAUGCACUAGAUCUUUUAGACAAACUGCUAACACUGGACCCUUCUAAGAGACUAGAUUGUGACAAGGCUUUGGACCAUGAUUUCUUCUGGACUGAUCCCAGACCCACAGAUUUGGCAAAGAUGCUAUCCCAGCAUACCAUAUCCAUGUUUGAGUACUUGGCGCCCCCUAGGAGGAGAGGGGCACACCAACCACGCCCUGUUGGUAACAAACCCAACCCUGGUGUACAGGAUCAUCAGUUUGAAAGGAUUUUCUAAUUCUUUUUUCUUUUAGUAUUUAAGAGUGUGUUAAUAUAUGUAAAUAUUUAGUGUUAAUCGAAACAAUUUUGUUCGAGUGCUGAAGUGAGCAUUGUUUUACCUUUCACUACAUAAUGGCAGCUUUUUAGACAGAAAGAAAUAUUUUCUCAUUUAAUUUUGUGAGAAUAAAACUGAUAAAGUUAUGAUGGCAAGUAUAAUGUGAAAAUUUCUCAAGAAUCUUAGUUGAAAACUUUGUACCAAGGUUAAUUUUUGAAGUAGCAAUACUUUUUAAAACAAGCCUAGUAUAAUGGACAGCACUUAGUGAUAUGCAAUUUAUCAGUAAUUGUGAAAACUAUCUGUUGUACACAAAAUUGUGUAUUUGUUGGGGAAACGAAAGUUUGUGACAUCUUCAAGGGUCAAUUUGCAGCUGUACCCUCUACCAGGGUGGCAGAUAUUAUAGGCACAUUUUCCACCCUGUAACUUUUGACCAGAUGGAAGCACUCUGUAGGUAGUUACUGUAGGAGAUUCCUCAGUUAACUUCAAUCUGAAGUAACAACCUAUUCAUAAGGGGCUGUAUCUAUCUGUCACAAUAUAACAAGUGAUUAAAAUCAGAGCAGUUAAAAGAUUGACCAUAUUUAGCCAGAGAGAUUACCUGUGAAUAUCUUGUGAAAAAUCAAUCUGUGGCCCUGGUAGAGGGUAGUGCAGUUGAUAUUGUGACAUCAAAUCCUACAUACAAAGUUCAAAUGUAUAUAAGAUACAUGGUUGCUGUUUUUUUUCUAAUAAUUUAGAGCUGAUUUAAAUUUGAUAUUGCAGUGAAUGAGAUAGUUUAUAAAUAUGAUGAAAAGAGCUUUUUGUCAACACAGAAAAGGGUACGCAUUUGGUUGCUGAAUAUAUGAAUAUUUUCUGUCAUGGUAUACCUUAAAAGUACCAAGAAAGUAUCAAUACUGACUUUGAUACAAAUUUAAAAGAUUCAAAAGCCAGCAGGUUUUGGAAAGGCAAAUUGUUCUGUGGUUGAUAAAAAUGUCGUUAUUGUUAGUUACUCGUAUCAUAGAACCUUAAUGAGAUACUCCAACAGUGGUUUUAAGCAGCAAACAACACUAUUUUUAUAUUGUUAUGAAGGUGACUGUGAUUUAUCUGUGAGUAGGUUUUGACUGGAACUUAGUGCCAAUAUGAAAAAGCCCCACCCGGAAAUUUUUCUCUUAAAGCUUUACACUUAAAAUACUUAUGCACUGAAAAGUUAUGCACGUUUAAGAGAACAUCUGGGAGCCGGAUGUUGUAAAUUCAUUGUUUUCAUUCUUGAGAAAUAUCAAGCAAUACUAUAUUUUCAUUAAAGAUGUGUUUGGUUACUACUUGUAGUUUACAUGUGCAUGGAAUGUUAUAGUGAAACUGGCCAACUGUACACCAACAGUAUAGCUGUUGAAGAUGCCAUUGCAGUUUUUUUUCUUCCAUUUUUUGUUCAUAAGAAGUGAUUAAGUGAUAUGAAGAUGUGGGUAUACUUUUGUUUUGUGCUUGCAACUCAUUGGACAGAACCACAUUCCAUCUUAAUUAAUAAUCUGUUGGUAUUAAUAGUUUUUAAUUCAUAUUUGAUACAGGUAAAUGAUACAAUUAUUUGACAUCUGAUUUUUAACAAAUAAUCAGCUUUACCUUUACAACAGCUUUUAUUUUUCUUGGAUUAUGU